GCUCUCUUUCCGGCCUCGCAGGCUGCCUGGCUGGAGCACGGAGCGAGCCGCCGCCGCCGCCGCCCCCCGCCCCGUGAGGAGAGGCCGCCGCCACCAUGCCGGUGUACUUCCAGCGGCCCGAGAAUGCCCUCAAAAGGGCGAACGAAUUCCUUGAGGUCGGCAAGAAGCAGCCAGCCCUUGAUGUUCUCUAUGAUGUUAUGAAAAGUAAGAAACACCGAACAUGGCAGAAAAUCCACGAGCCUAUUAUGCUGAAGUACCUGGAACUCUGUGUGGAUCUCCGCAAGAGUCACCUGGCAAAAGAAGGAUUGUACCAAUACAAGAAUAUUUGCCAGCAGGUGAACAUCAAAUCUUUGGAGGAUGUUGUUCGAGCCUAUCUAAAAUUAGCUGAAGAAAAAACAGAAGCAGCUAAAGAAGAAUCCCAGCAGAUGGUGCUGGACAUUGAAGACUUGGAUAACAUUCAAACUCCAGAAAGUGUUCUUUUGAGUGCUGUGAGUGGAGAAGACACUCAGGAUCGUACUGACCGGCUGCUUUUGACUCCCUGGGUUAAGUUUCUGUGGGAAUCCUAUAGACAGUGUUUGGAUCUUCUGAGAAAUAAUUCUCGAGUCGAACGCCUGUACCAUGACAUUGCACAGCAAGCCUUUAAGUUCUGCCUGCAGUACACCCGCAAAGCUGAGUUCCGUAAGCUCUGUGACAACCUACGGAUGCAUUUGGGGCAGAUCCAGCGUCACCAUAACCAAAGCACAGCAAUCAACCUCAACAAUCCUGACAGCCAGUCAAUGCACUUGGAGACCAGGCUUGUGCAACUUGACAGUGCUAUCAGCAUGGAGCUGUGGCAGGAAGCUUUCAAAGCAGUGGAGGAUAUUCAUGGGCUAUUUGCGCUGUCUAAGAAACCACCCAAACCACAACUGAUGGCAAAUUACUAUCACAAAGUUUCAACUGUCUUCUGGAAAUCAGGAAAUGCUCUUUUCCAUGCCUCAACUCUUCACCGACUUUAUCACUUAUCAAGAGAAAUGCGAAAGAAUCUCACACAAGAGGAGAUGCAGAGGAUGUCUACUCGAGUCCUUUUGGCUACUCUGUCAAUUCCUAUAACACCUGAGAGAACAGAUAUUGCUCGCCUUCUGGAUAUGGAUGGCAUUAUUGUUGAGAAGCAGCGGCGCCUGGCAACCCUGUUGGGCUUGCAGGCCCCACCUACACGUGCCAGUCUCAUUAAUGAUAUGGUAAGGUUCAACGUAGUGCAGUACGUUGUUCCAGAAGUGAAGGAACUUUACAACUGGCUUGAAGUAGACUUUCACCCACUCAAAUUAUGCAGCCGUGUCAGCAAGGUUCUGAACUGGGUGAAAGAUCAAGCUGAAAAGGAACCUGAACUGCAGCUGUAUGUUCCUCACCUGCAGAACAACACCAUUCUUCGCCUUCUGCAGCAGGUGGCCCAGAUCUAUCAAAGCAUUGAAUUUGCUCGUCUGUGUUCCCUGGUUCCUUUUGUUGAUGCUUUCCAGCUGGAGCGUUGUAUUGUUGAUGCAGCCAGACAUUGUGACCUACAAGUUCGCCUUGACCAUACCACUCGGACGCUGAGUUUUGGCUCAGAUUUGAAUUACAGUACUAGAGAAGAUGCUCCACUGGGCCCUCAACUGCAAAGCAUGCCUUCUGAACAAAUCAGAAAUCAGUUGACUGCCAUGUCCUCUGCUCUGGCCAAGGCCCUUGCAGUCAUCAAGCCUCCUCACUUAAUGCAAGAGAAGGAGGAACAGCAUCAGCUGGCGGUCACUGCCUUCCUCAAAAAUUCACGGAAGGAACAUCAGCGGAUUCUUGCCCGUCGUCAAACUAUAGAGGAGAGAAAAGAACGCCUGGAAAGCUUGAACAUCCAGCGGGAAAAAGAGGAGCUGGAGCAGCGUGAGGCAGAGUUACAGAAGGUCCGGAAAGCCGAAGAGGAGAGGCUGCGCCAGGAGGCAAAGGAGAGGGAGAAGGAGCGCAUCCUGCAGGAGCAUGAGCAGAUCAAAAAGAAGACUGUUCGUGAGCGCUUGGAGCAGAUUAAGAAGACUGAGCUGGGAGCCAAAGCAUUUAAAGAUAUUGACAUUGAGGAUCUUGAAGAAUUGGAUCCUGAUUUUAUUAUGGCUAAACAAGUUGAGCAGCUGGAAAAAGAAAAGAAGGAACUUCAGGAACGUCUGAAAAACCAGGAGAAAAAGAUCGACUAUUUUGAGAGAGCAAAACGCUUAGAAGAAAUUCCUUUAAUAAAGACUGCAUAUGAGGAGCAGAGAGUGCGUGAUAUGGAGCUGUGGGAGCAACAGGAAGAAGAAAGGAUCACCACUUUGCAGUUGGAGCGUGAGAAAGCCCUUGAGCACAAGAACAGACUCUCUAGGAUGUUGGAGGAUAGAGAUUUAUUUGAAGCCAGGCUCAAAGCAUCCCGACGAACAGUUUAUGAGGAUAAACUUAAGCAGUUCCAGGAACGGUUGGCAGAAGAGAGGCGGAAUCGCUUGGAGGAACGCAAGAAACAGCGCAAAGAAGAGCGGCGCAUUACUUACUACAGGGAAAAGGAGGAAGAGGAGCAGAGGCUGCGAGAAGAACAGCUGCUGAAAGAGCGUGAGGAGAAGGAACGCAUAGAGCGUGAGAAACGCGAGCAGGAGCAACGCGAGUACCAGGAGCGCGUCAAGAAGCUGGAAGAGCUGGAGAAGAAAAAACGGCAGAGAGAGAUGGAGAUAGAAGAGAGAGAGCGUCGUCGAGAGGAAGAAAGGAGAGGUCUGGAUGACCCAUUUUCAAGAAAAGAGUCUCGUUGGGGUGACAGGGAGUCUGAAAGCUCCUGGAGAAGAGGUGGUGAGCCAGAAUCUGAAUGGCGACGAGCACCAGUGGAAAGAGAUUGGCGUCGAGGAGAAGCGAGGGAUGAUGAAAGACCUUUCCGACGGGGAGAUGAUCUGCCCCGACGUGGUGCUGCAGAAGAGAAGGAGCGUCCUUCUCUGGACUCAGCCGACGACAGGCCACCGAGGAGAGAAGGGGAUGAGGAGAGGCCACCGAGGCGUGAAGGGGAGGAGGACAGGCCGCCCAGACGUGCUUUGGAUGAUGACAGAGGGAGCUGGCGGGCUGCAGAUGACGACAGGGGUCCCAGGCGUGGAUUGGAUGAUGACAGGCCCCCGCGACGGGCUUUGGAUGAUGACAGGCCCCCGCGACGGGCUUUGGAUGAUGACAGGCCCCCCCGACGAGCUUUGGAUGAUGACAGGCCCCCUAGACGGGCUUUGGAUGAUGAUAGGCCCCCCAGAAGGGCUUUGGAUGAUGACAGACCACCUAGGCGUGCUUUGGAUGAUGACAGAGGCAGCUGGCGAGCAGCAGAUGAUGACAGAGGACCCAGGAGGGCGCUGGAUGAUGACAGGCCCCCCAGGCGUGGGCUGGAUGAUGACAGGCCCCCCAGGCGUGGGCUGGAUGAUGACAGGCCCCCCAGGCGAGUGCUGGAUGAUGACAGGCCCCCCAGGCGUGGGCUGGAUGAUGACAGGCCCCCCAGACGAGCCUUGGAUGAUGACAGGCCCCCCAGGCGUGGGCUGGAUGAUGAGCGUGGCAGCUGGCGUGCUGCGGAUGACGACAGGGGCCCCCGGCGUGGGCUGGAUGACGACAGAGGUCCCCGGCGCGGGCUGGAUGACGACAGAAUGUCACGGCGUGAUGAUGACAGGGGCCCGUGGCGUAGCACAGAUGAUGACAGGCUCUCCAGACGAGAUGAUGACAGGGGGCCGUGGCGUGGCAGUGAUGAUUCAAGGCCGGGUCCUUGGAGACCAUUUGGUAAACCAGGGGGAUGGAGAGAACGAGAAAAGGCUCGUGAGGACAGCUGGGGCCCUCCUCGAGACUCCAGGCCUUCGGGAGACCGGGAAUGGGACAGAGACAAAGACCGGGAUGAAAGUGAGAAAGAGCGGGAGUUGGACAGGGACAGGGACUUUGAUCGAGAGGAUCGCUUCAGGAGGCCCAGGGAUGAUGCUGGUUGGAGGAGAGGUCCAGCUGAGGAAACUUCUAGCUGGAGAGAUUCAAGUCGACGUGAAGACUGGGAUAGAGGUGGUCGUGACCUGAGAGAUCGACGUGCUGAUGACAGAGAGCCACCCCUCAGAAGAGGACCUCCCCUCAGAUCUGACCGUGAAGAACCAAGCUCCUGGAGGCGUGCUGAUGAUAGGAGAGAAGAACGCGGAGAGGAACGCGAACCGGUUCGGCGAUCAGCUCCUGCUUCCACUGCCUCUCCAGCUUCUGCUGCCCCACCAGCAUCAAAAGAUCGAGAAAGAGAUGGGGAGAAGGAGAAAGGUUCCUGGAAAGCAGAAAAGGAACGUGAGCCAGCUCGCCGCAGUAAAAAUGAGACAGAUGAAGAAGGGUGGACCACUGUACGACGUUAAGUGGGAGUCACAGAGUUUAACCAAUGUUUUAGCUUUGAUUUGAUCAAAUCCAUGGAUUAUAUUUGUGCUUAUAAACAUUCUGAAUUGGAAUUCUUUAACAAAUGUUUUGAGGUAACAUGAAAGCAUGAGCUUGAAUUACUUAACUCAUAGAGAUUGGUCAUGCACAAAACUCACAGCAGAAGGUUGGAAAUUGAUUUCCAGGUUUUGAAAUUUCAAAGUAUGCUGAUUUCGUCGGUUGGUUGUUGCUAAAAUAAAGAAGCAAGCCCAAACAGCUGCCUUGAGUAAGGCUUCUAUCUCACACCAAAGCCAGGCUGACCUUUCUAUUUUCCAGUUGUCCUUAAUUUGGAAGGGGUUAUUAUCAGCACAGAAGGUGCAUCUGAAAACACCUCUGCCGACAGAGUGCAAUUAUUGAAAAAAGCAGAGCAAAAUCAAUUCUUAUAAUUAGCCAAAACAAGAGAAAAAACUCUAAAAGCCCUGUUUUUUCAUAGCUGUCUUUCCAAGAGACUUCUUUUAUCAGGAAGUUCUUUAAAUUUGAAUUAAAUAUGAAUUUAAUGAUGAGCAUUAGCUACACUGGCAUCUUUCCUGUAGAUUUACUUGAAUACAUCAACACCUCCGAGGCCAAUUUGCAACCCUUGUUCCAGUAAGGUAUCCCCUGUUGCAGUGUGCAACCACAGAACUUGGGAGCUAUUCCAGCUGGAGUGUUUUGGUAAGAGUAUGGCUGUGUCUUUUUUUUUUGUUGCCAAUAUCACAACUGCUUUCUUGUUCUGUUACUUGGAUAAUUUCAUGCCUCUCAAGGAUUUAUAAAUAUUGUCAUAUUUAAAGAAAAAAAACAAGUGGGUUUUGAAGAAAUGGUUGAAUUUUCCCCCCAAUUCUCAUGUCUUCAGGGUUAAUUCUUUCCCUUUCCAAACAAAACAAAAAGUGAUUUGUAGUAAUGGCUGUGUUGACUUCACUUUUUGGGUGUGGUAACAAUGAUUAGCUAUCUGGUCAUACUGAAGCCAACACAGAACUUGCUGCUGUGUGUUUCUUCAAUGAUAAAUAAACAACUUAAGGAAUUA